UUUUGGACUAUAAAUAAACUUUAAAAAACAGAACAAAAGUGUUCCGAACGGAACCAUAAUGAAUGAAUGAUCUAACUGAAGUUCCUAGUUGAUAAACAUUGUUCGAAAAUUGAUACUGUGCAUUGAUUAGAAUUAAAUUUAGAUCGGCAAUUUUUUAGAGCUAAGGACAUGUUUUUUAUAGGGGAAAGCUGGGUUCCAAGCUAGUGUAUGUAGAUCUAUGGAUAUAAAGUAGUAAUCUCUGUUUUUUCUGUGUGUUUAUUUGGAUAUUCGAUCAUAACUCAUGAACAUUUUAACCGAUUUACCUCGAAUUUUGAUUGGUGAAAUCGGUAAAACAAUGGGAAUGUUCUUGGCUUUGUUUAAAAACUAUAAGUUGAGGUGAUUGACUUUUCUAUAGUAAAACUUAGUUUCCUUACAAAGCUGGGUUCCUAAGCUAGGAUAAUUAAUAAUACUAAUUUAUUACAAAUCGCCAUGUUUAAAAUUUUUUAAUGGAAUAUAUUACAGUCUAAUUGUAUAAAUAUGGAGGAAGGAAAAAUGGAAAUAGAAAAACAAGAAAUAGAAAAACCGGAUAAAGGGAAAAGUAUUUAUGAUUUGAGCACUCCAUCCUUCUUGGUGGAUAUUCAGGUUUAUCAAUCUAACUGCAGCCGCAUGCUAGAGUUGGCAAGAACUGCGGGAAUAAGUUUACGAGGGCAAACAAAGACUCACAAAACUGUAGAAGGAGGUGUUUUACAAACGGGAGGUAGCCGAAGGAAAAUUGUUACUUCCACUCUUCUAGAAUGUGAGAUGUAUGCUAAAAGUGGGUUUGAGGAUAUUCUUUUCGGAUUCCCCUUGAUUCCCCAACAUCUACCCAGGGUAUAUAAACUCAGAUCCCAGCUUGAUGCAUUCCACGUUAUGGUUGCAAACCUGGAGAUAUGCAUAUUUUUUCAGGAUUCUACUCCCCCUCAGGGUAAGAAGUGGUCUAUUGUACUAAAAAUAGACUGUGGAAAUGAAAGAGCUGGUGUUUGGUGGGAGGAAGCUUCGCAAAUUCUUGAAAUUGCAAGAUUCAUCACUGCUUCGUCUAAUCUCAAAUUUCAGGGUAUUUAUGUGCACUGUGGAAAUUCUUAUCACUCUAAUACUCCAGAACAAGUUAAAGAUAUUCGAAACAAUGCUCUGAACUCAGUUAAAAGAAUUGCUGACUGGUUGGAAGAUGAAGGAAUAAAGUGUAUUGAUGUUGGGAUAGGUUCAACACCAUCCUGUUCUCAUCCUACUCCAGCUCUCUCAGCCCUGUCGGAGAUACAUCCUGGAAACUAUGUUUUCUAUGAUGCUAUGCAGAUGGAGCUUGGAUCCUGUCAGGAGUCUGAUAUUGCUGGCACUGUUCUAACCAGAAUCAUAGGACAUUACCCCCGGAGAAAUCAGCUUCUGAUUGAUUGUGGAUUUACUGGUUUUACUAAACAAGGAUUAGGAAAACAACAAGACAAGAGAAUGUUGGCCAGAAUAAAGGGAUGCCCUGAGCUAAUGGUAACAGACAUGACACAGGAAAUUGGGUUUGUUGACAGCUCUGAUUCAAGUCUUAAAAUUCAAUUUGAAAAGUUUCCUGUUGGGAGUACACUUCAGCUGAUUCCAUACCACUCAUGCGCAACUGCCGCGUGUUAUAAUAUCUAUCAUGUGCAUAGAGAAGAGAAAGUCACUGAUACAUGGGCACCCUGUAAGGGCUGGUAGAAUAAUUAAUUGAUUCAAAGAUAAAACUUUGUAGUUAUUUGAUCAAUUUUGACAUAAAUAAAUGCGUAUUUCUGCUUA